AUGACGACUUCGCUGGUCCUGCAUCCAUGCUGGGCGGACACCUUGAUGUACGUGUAUGAAAAAAGUCCGAAUGAAAAUAAUCCACAUAAAAACCAAUCCAUGGAGGGACUAAGCGGGAAUUGCCCCGCGACCCACUGCAGGGAUCUCAUCUCGCACCCGGCACUUGGCCGACACUCCGGGAGCAUUGCUACCCACCAGGGCUCCGUGUACCCCGACCUACCCUCGCAAGACGCCGGGCGACAGUGCCCUGCUCCGCAAACUUCGUCAAGCGCCUCGCUGGGCUAUGGCUAUCCAUUCGGAAGCCCAUACUACGGGUGCCGAUUGUCUCACUCGCACAAUGUCAACCUGCAGCAGAAGCCAUGCUCUUAUCACCCUGCCGAAAAGUACACGGAGCCGAGCGCAGCAUUGCCCACAGAGGAACUCUCCAGCCGAGCCAAGGAGUUCGCCUUUUACCCGAGCUUCGCCAGCUCUUACCAAACUGUCCCGGGUUAUUUGGACAUGUCAGUUGUGCCGGGAAUCAGCACGCACCCAGAGCCGAGGCAUGAAACUUUGAUUCCUAUGGACGGUUACCAGCAUUGGGCUCUGUCGAACGGAUGGGAUGGCCAGGUGUAUUGUUCCAAGGAGCAAACUCAGUCGACCCAUCUCUGGAAGUCUCCAUUCCCAGACGUGGUACCACUACAGCCCGAGGUCAGUAGCUACCGUCGAGGCCGCAAGAAGCGAGUCCCUUACACCAAACUCCAGCUGAAGGAGUUGGAGAAAGAGUACGCGGCCAGCAAGUUCAUUACCAAAGACAAACGACGGCGGAUCUCUGCAACCACCAACCUGUCUGAGCGACAGGUUACCAUAUGGUUCCAAAACCGUCGCGUCAAAGAGAAGAAAUUCAUCUGCAAAUCCAAGACAAAUGCCCACAUGCAUGCCACCUGA